AUGGCUGACGACAACACAAAAACGGAUACCCAGCUUCCACUGACUAUUGAACUCAAGAAACCACGUCCCAAAAAAGCUCCAGAGCUUCCAAUACUGGAGAGGAGGAAUUGGCUUAUCCACUUACACUACAUUCGUAAAGACUAUGAGACAUGCAAGGCUAUCAUCAGAGAGCAGUUACAGGAGACCCAAGGCAUGUGUGAAUAUGCUGUAUAUGUUCAAGCGUUAAUUCUGCGUCUGGAGGGGAAGAUCCAGCAGUCUCUAGAGCUGUUCCAGAGCUGUGCCAUUCUCAACCCAACCAGCUCUGACAACCUGAAACAAGUUGCCCGAUCCCUUUUUCUGCUGGGAAAACACAAAGCCGCUAUAGAGGUUUACAAUGAGGCAGCCAGACUGAACCAGAGAGACUGGGAAAUCAGCCAUAAUCUUGGUGUGUGCUACAUCUACACGAAGGACUUCAAAAGUGCAGAGGAACAGUUGAACAUUGCCCUGCAGCUGAACAAGCAUGAUUUGACUUACAUGAUGCUUGGAAAGACCCAUCUGCUGCAAGGGGACACUGAAAAGGCCAUUGAAGUAUACAGAAAUGCCGUAGACUUCUCGCCGGAGAAUACGGAUUUACUCACUACUCUUGGCCUGCUGUACAUGCAACUUGGAAAGUACCAGAAGGCGUUUGAACAUCUUGGCAAUGCUCUGACAUACGACCCCAACAACUUCAAGGCAAUUCUGGCUGCAGGCAGCAUGAUGCAAACCCACGGAGAUUUUGACGUGGCCAUGAAUAAAUAUCGCGUGGCUGCGUAUGCUGUUCCAGAGAGUCCUCCCCUGUGGAACAACAUUGGCAUGUGUUUCUUUGGGAAGAAGAAAUAUGUAGCAGCCAUCAGCUGCCUAAAAAGGGCCAACUACCUGUCUCCGUUUGACUGGAAGAUCCUGUAUAAUCUGGGCUUGGUGCAUCUGACCAUGCAGCAGUACGCCUCAGCGUUCCACUUCCUCAGCGCCGCCAUCAACCUGCAUCCCAAGAUGGGCGAACUCUACAUGCUGUUAGCUCUUGCCUUGACCAAUCUGGAUGAUGUGGAGAAUGCACGGAGAUCAUAUGAGCAAGCAGUUAUGUUAGAUGAGUCAAACCCUCUGGUUAAUCUGAACUUUGCUAUCAUGCUGUACAACCAAGGGGACAAAAAAGCAGCCCUGCAGCAGUACCAAGAGAUGGAGCGAAAGGUCAAUGCGCUUUUGGAGAGCAGCAGUAACACUGAAUUUGAUCCAGAGAUGAUCGAGAUGGCCCAGAAAAUGGGGGCUGCUCUUCAGGCUGGAGAUGCGCUGAUGUGGACCAAACCUGGCAAAGACUCAAAGUCCAGCCAACGCUCAACUGCCAGCAAACAGGCCACUUCUCAGCAACCCCUGGGUACCAACCAGGCCCUUGGACAAGCUAUGUCUUCAGCAGCUGGUUACAGCAAGAGUAUUCAGCUUGCUGCAGGUUCUGCCCAGCCCAAGCCUCCAUCCUUACCCUUGGAACCUGAGCCAGACGUGGAGAGUGCACCCUCCCCUCCAUCAGAUCCGCCUGGUGCCCCAGAUCCUGAAGACCCUGCAGACUCCAGCAAAUCCAAAGAAAAAAAGAAGAGCAAGUCCAAACCAGUGCCUGAGUGA